AUGCAGGAUAUAGUUGAGCCAAACGAAGAAGCCGUGGACUACCCUAUGGAAUCGCCGCGAACAGAACCCGAUCACUGCAUCGAACCGCCCACCGCGGGGGUGGCUCGAUCGGGACCGAGAGACUGGUUCCGAGACAUUGGAGGAAGUAAGGAAUCCGUGGGGGACCAAGCUUGGAUGGAUCCAGGUCUGUCUGAAUUCUUACGGGAACUUGCCGCUCAGAUGGCCCGGGGGGUAGUGCAGGCAUCCCAGAGGCCCAUCGGAUACGAGGACGGCAAGAACAUGAGGGAUUUCCUCGACCUUGCAGAGUUAGAUUUUAUCAAAAGAGGGCUAGAAGAACGGCUGUGGGGAGAAGAACUCAAAAGAUAUCUGCGGGGAGACGCCUUGAGGUUCUGGCUGUAUCUGCGUCGCACUGGAGAACCCUUAACUGAUUGGGAGCAAUUGAGACGGCGAUUCUGUGAGCACUUCUGUAAUAUUACUCUGGAACGGAUGAAGGUCAUGAUAGCAAAGAACGUCUGGAGGGGCGACCACCACGCAUACUCGGCGCGCUUUGCGGACAUCGUGGCUCAGGGGGUGACGGUGGCUCCAGAUAUGUUGGUGGGGUACUACCUGGCCAACCUGCCAGGUGAAAUACUCAGAGAGGUAACUCGAGGGGGAACAAGGAGAUUCGCAGACUGGCGGGACGCCGCCGCAGCCCUGGCUGCUAUGGCGACACCGUGGAAGGAUCUAUGCGAAGACCACCGUCGAUUCCGGCGAGACUUAGAGGACGCCACGCGUAGAUGGGCUAAAGGCGGGCGGGAGCCGGACCUAGUACGCGAACGAGAGAACAGGGACGACAGAAGGAAUGAGGCUUCGGACCCACGCUGCUACGCGUGCAGCGGAAGGGGACACACAGCAGCCAAUGCGGCCCAGCGUCAACCAAUCGGGGCAUUUAAACGGACGAGCCUAGCCGUUAAGGGAGACGAGCGGGCUAGGCGGACUAGGAGUGGUCAAGGGGCGAUGUGCGCGGUAGCGACAGGGCCGAACUCCAUUCCAGUCUCCCCGGAUUGGGGAAGGAGGUUGCUCGCGGGGAAGGAGCGGGAACGCCCCGAAGGCUCAGAUGUGGGGGAAACUCAGCGACCCCCGGCCGACCAGUCCCUCGUCGAGACUACGUUGCCAAUCAAGGAAUGGUCUAGGCGUGGGGUGGACCGCAGCGGCGAGCAGAACGACGCAACUACUGAGGGGGACCGCCCGCAGGACGCGGGCACUAAAGAACUACAAUGGUGGCGCGAGCAGGGGGUGCAGGGAGACGCCCUGCCACAGGGGACACUGUGUAGUGUGGGUAUGACCGCCGUGCUAAGAGUCGAAGUGGCCGGCAACCAGUGCGAAGCUCUACUGGAUACUGGCGCCUCAAG